AUGUCCAAUCCGGAAAAAGUACUCGAUUUCUUGGAUCUGUUUGGUGACUGGGAUGCUAGUCUGGCCUUUGUCAUGAUGGGCGCGAUUGCGGUGGCCUUUAUUCCUUUCCAGAAAAUAGAUAAGAAGCUGAUCACGGGUGCGGUUUUAUUUGGUGCAGGUUGGGGCAUUGCCGGCAUCUGUCCGGCACCAAGUUUUACCUUGAUCGGUUUGGGCCACUAUCAAGUGCUCUAUUUUAUUGUAGCAAUGCUGGUGGGUGUAUGGAUUCACCAUACCAAUACCUUCAGUUAUGUUGUACGUGAUCCUGCGACCAAAGCCUGCGCCAUUAUUGAUAGCGUUCUGGAUUAUGAUCCGGCAUCAGCAAGUACAUCAACUAUUCAUGCCGAUAAAAUUAUUGCCUAUAUUAAAGAGCAGGGUUUAACGGUUGAGUGGAUUCUCGAAACCCAUGUACAUGCUGAUCAUCUGACUGCUGCACAAUAUCUCAAAGCUGAGUUAAGUGGCAAAAUUGCCAUGAGCCAGAAAAUUGGCAUUGUACAGGAAACCUUUGGUGCGAUUUAUCAUCUGGAUAUUAAACAAUGGAAUGCCCAGCAGCUCUUUGAUUAUUUAUUUGAAGAUCAUGAGUCGUUCCAAAUCGGAACAUUGAAAGCCUAUAACAUUCCAACACCGGGACAUACGCCUGCUUGCCUGAGUUAUGUCAUCGGUGAUGCCGUGUUUGUGGGUGAUACCUUGUUUAUGCCGGAUUAUGGACUGGCCAUCGGUGGUUUGCUUGGGUUAACCGGUGCUGGUGGUGGCAUUCUGGCCGUACCCGCACUGAUGGCAAGUCAAGGAUGGACGGUCGCACAAGCUGCACCUGUUGGCUUGCUUGCAGUCACUUUAUCUGCCUUGGUUGGAACAUUUGAAGGCUUAUUUAAGAAGAUAGUACGCUAUCGGGCUGCGCUUUGGAUUGCACUGAUUAGCAUUCCUUCAGCACGUUAUGGUGUGCAUCUGGGAGGAAUAAUUUCUCCUGUAUGGCUUACCUUAGCAUUCAGUUUAGUCAUGCUCGUGGUUGCUUACCGGAUUUUUUUUAAAAAAGUGAAUGACCACACAGGUGUGCUGUGUAAAGUUAACCAAACAACUGGUCGUCUGAUUUGGAACAUGAAAACUGCAUUGUCUCUCGGUGCCAUUGGUGUCGUGGCAGGUUUAUUGACUGGUUUGCUUGGGGUAGAUGAAUUUCAGGCGGCAGCGAUAGACCGAGCCGUGAAUUAUCCUCGUGGUGUUUUAGAAAUGAGAAUUCACCAGCAUCCUGUGGCGAGCCAUCAUUGCGAUACCUUGCAAGCACUAGAACAUCUUAAAGAUCAGCCGAUUUAUUUGAUUUGUGGGACGGGUGGCCGAUCAGCUCUGGCUACAGAUACUUUACAGAAUAUGGGAUUUACUCAGGUGAAAUCUGUUCAGGGUGGAUUUCAAGCAUGGCUAGAGCAGGGUUAUCCAGUAGAGAAAUAA